UUUUCACAGCCCGUCCGAUCCACAUCCUCAAGUCGCCUACUCUCCCACUGUCCCCGAAUCUCUCACCCGAGAGGGGAAAACCCAAAACUACAAAAAUCUCGCCGCCGACCACCGCCACAGCGACGGCCAUGUCGGUGGACGCCCCCGUCCCGACGCUGCGUCCGGAGGAGCGGGCAGGCCUCCUGGCGCUGCUCGCAUCCGCUGCGCGCCCGCUGGCCGACGUUGUAGCCGACUUCCUCGCGCGCUUCCCCCGCGAGCGCCGCCUCCGCGUCGGCGCUACGCUCUGCUUCCUCCUAGAGGACAAGAAAAUGCUUCAUGCAACCGGUCGUCUAAUCGCAUUUGCAAUUCUUCAUCAGAGCUAUUCCUCACAGCCAGUAAAUCCCUAUGUUCCUCUGCUGUUAAAUGCAGCUUGUGAUGAAUCAUCAGAUAAAUCAGAACAAGCAUUUGUCCAACUUUUGUUGACUUCGUCCAGCGGAGACAAUAACAAUGAGGUGCUGCAAAAGUCAGCUGUAGAUUACGUAAAUGGGCCUGUUUCUGCAUCACAGGCCUUAUUGCCACGGGAACAGCUUGAGAAGCAAUUCUGCAGGAGUAUUGUACAGCCUCAGCCUCAAGUUAGUAGUUUCAGAAGCGCUACUGUUAGAUGUGCUAUACCAGAUCCAGAUAUACCUCAGAGUUGUGCCAAUUCAUCAGAGAUAUCAGCGCCUGGAAGCAAACAAAAAUCUACUUCCGAUGAUAGAGAUUCUGCUCUUGUUGCUUUACUCCAAGAAAAAUCAUGGGGAAGACUGGGUCCCCAAUGGAUACGGCCGAACCCCCCAAGACUUCAUAUACUUGAUGGGGAGUUACAGUGGCUGAAUCCUGACAACAAUCAUGAGCUAUUAUGGGAUUAUAGCAUGUGUGCUGAAACGAGUCGUGGGGCUGCGAUCCGUGAUUUGAUUGCCAGAGCCUUAAAAGGUCCACUUGUACCUGCUCAACAGGAGCAAGUUGUUAUAGAAUUGGUGAAGGACUCUAAGCUAGUCUAUCACUGCGGGAUGACUCCACAGAAACUUCCAGACCUUGUUGAGCAUAAUCCACUCAUUGCUGUAGAGCUUCUUUCGAAGCUUAUGAACUCUCCUGACAUUGCAGGUUAUUUUGAUGUUCUUGUGCACAUGGAGAUGAGCCUGCAUUCGAUGGAAGUUGUAAACAGACUUACUACUGCGGUUGAACUCCCGACAGGAUUUGUCCACGAAUACAUCUCAAAUUGUAUUCAAUCUUGUCAAAACAUUAAGGAUAAGUACAUGCAGAACAGACUGGUGAGAUUGGUUUGUGUUUUCCUCCAGAGCCUCAUCCGAAAUCAGAUUAUUAACGUUCAAGAUCUUUUCAUUGAGGUACAGGCAUUCUGCAUAGAGUUCUCACGAAUAAGGGAAGCGGCUGGCUUAUUCCGUCUGCUCAAAUCUUUGGAGUGAAGAAACAAGUUUAUCCAAGUUUCCAUGAUUCUGUCCUUUGGAACUUCAUGAGCUGUGGCAAUAUCAAGUGAUAAAUACUCUGUUUUUCCUCAAUUCCAACUAUCAGAUAAGCUGGUGGUAUCAUUAUCAAGCGUUUGGAGUUUCUGGUUCGGCGUAGUUGUCUGGCCACUCUGGGUGUUCAAGAUCAGAUGAUGUGUGUCAAUUCUUGCAAAAUCUGUGGCACCCUCGCAACGACAACGCACACCCUUGUAGGAGUGGAUAAAAAGGGUCGCCAAUAGCAGAUCCAGAUGGUACACUAUUUGUGGUUGGUCUACAUUUAGUUCUGUUUGUAUACUUGCGUUGUAUGUCGACGGAUAAUAGAUGCAUGUUUUGGUCUAUUCUUUUGUAUCCAUGUAAUCGGAACAAUACCUGAUCUGUUUAUUGUAGUCUGUUUUAUUUGGUUCAACCAGGAUACUGUGUCGUUCUGUCCUUGAUUCAUUUGCUUGUUAAUGUCUUCCUUUGGGGAACAAUGUUAAUUCCAACUAUGCUCUAAAAUAAUUAAAGGGGUGAUUGUUAUCA